AUGAGCUUGGUUCUCAACAAUAUUGCAUCUUCUCUGCAGAAAAGUGGAACAUUUAUCAAUUCUUUAAUUGCGGCUUUGACAGUUGGUGGACAACAGUUGUUCUCCUCUUUCACGUUUACCUGUCCUUGUCAAGUUGGGAAAAAUGCCUCCUACGGUUCUGCUUUUCUAGUCAUUCCUGCCUUGGUCCUGCUGAUUGCUGGCUAUGCCUUGAGGAGUCAAACAUGGACCAUUAUGGGUGAACACUGUUGUACCUGUGCCUCUCCUCGUCGCCAGCUCAGCCCCCUGGAACGUAAGCUGGCUUGCCUUCGGUUCUUCAGCAUCACCGGGAGAGCACUUGUUGCUCCUUUUACAUGGCUGGCUGUGACACUAUUGACGGGCACUUACUAUGAAUGUGCAGCAAGUGAAUUUACAUCUGUGGACCACUAUCCAGAAUUUGACAGCAUUAAUGCCAGCAAACGAGAAGAGAUCCUAGCUGGGUUUCCAUGUCACAAAUCAGCGCCUCCUGACUUGAUUGCCAUAAGAGAUGAAGUGACUCUACUCCACAGAUAUCAGUCUCAAAUGUUGGGCUGGAUCUUGAUCGUCUUGGCAAUCAUCGCUGUCCUAGUCUCCCGCAGUUUGGCAAGAUGCUGCUCUCCGCUCACCUCUCUGCAGCAUCACUACUGGACCACUCACCUGCGUAAUGAGAGGGACCUCUUUGAACAAGCUGCGGAGCAGCAUUCCAGGCUCCUCAUUAUGCAACGCAUAAACAAACUAUUUGGCUUUAUUCCGGGGAGUGAAAACGUCAACGACAUCCGUAUUCCUUCUUGUCAAGACUGGAGGGAUAUUUCCAUACCCAAUCUUCUGUGCGUGGGCGAUGACUUGCGUGGUCAUUACAGCUUCCUUGGAAACAAGGUGGAUGAGGAAAACGAGGAAGGCAAAUCUGAAGGUAUUGAAUUAAAACCUUGA